GUAGAUGAAGAAAAUCCUCCGGAAACGGUCUCAGAGGCUUGGAAUAAUCUAACCCUCGAUGUACCUGAGACAUUUUACAAGACUAUUUACAGCUAUGGCUGGACCCAGGCCUGUGGUGUUUAGUGGUCCGUCCGGGGCAGGAAAAAGCACCCUGCUGAAGAAACUUAUCAAGGAACAUGAAAAUGUGUUUGGCUUCAGCGUCUCUCAUACAACAAGAAACCCUCGUCCAGGAGAAGAGAACGGCAGAGAUUACCAUUAUGUUACGCGGGAGGCCAUGCAGGCAGCCAUAAACAACGGAGAGUUUAUCGAGAACGCAGAGUUUUCUGGAAACCUGUACGGCACAAGCAAAGCCGCCGUCCAAGCCGUCCAGGCCAAGAAUCUCAUCUGUAUCCUUGACAUCGACAUGCAGGGCGUGAAGAACAUCAAGAAGACAGACCUCAAUCCCAUGUACAUCUCCAUCCAGCCGCCAUCCAUGGAAGUCCUGGAGAAGCGAUUAAGGGACAGGAAUACCGAGUCGGAGGAGAGCCUUCAGAAGCGUUUACAUGCAGCCAACGUGGACAUGGAGUUCAGUAAAGAACCUGGCAUGUUUGAUGUCGUUAUUGUCAAUGACAAUUUGGAGGAUGCUUAUAAGAAUUUAAAACAAGCUCUUCUUGAGGAAAUUAACAAAGUCAAGAAAGCCAAGACUUCUUCGUAGAAGAUGGCACAGCCUGGCACCUCAUCCAUCCACUCCCCUAUAACUCCAGACCUCCAUUUGACAUGUACAUUCCCUCAGAUGGUGGUCUGUGAAACUCAGACAGCUUAUUUUAAGGAAUCUACAAACAUGUAUUUAGAUGAAGUUAACUUUCGUAAAAAAAAAAAAAAAAAAAAAAAGGGGGUUAUUUUUAAUGAGCAAUUUUAGAUUUUUUUUUUUGUUGUUUUUAUUCUUUGGAAGAAAAGCUACUCCAGUGAAUCUUACUUGAAGUCUGACUUGCACAAAACAGGAAAAUUCCUGUUGUUACGGAGUCCUCUUCAGUCAGGACUGCCUUGUUCGUGGCGCAUGAAACGGGAAGCAGCGAGACCCAUUCCAUCAGGUGGACAAACCGGUUUUGCUGGUUGUUGACAACACACUGUGCUCACCUGGUAGUGUCAAUUAGUGGUAAUGAAGUAGAAAAAUCCAGAGUUGUGAUAUGUGGUGGUGGUGGUUGGGCAGGGUUUAAAAUUUAUAUUCAUCUCUGGCUGUUUACAGGAGGUAUAUGCAAGUCAGGCAUACUUUUGAAACAUUACUUUUAUUCCAGAGUUGGUAAAGCAAUUCAUUUUAAAGCUGUUUUGUUGUUGUAUACGUUAACAGUUUGAUAAGUUUCAUUUUUUUGGAUUCUGUUGUGCUCAAGUGAGUUAAAUCCAAUCUUGCUUAGAGAAACAGAUCCUUUGUCAUCGUCAGUUUUUUUUUUUUUGUUUUAAGCGGGGAAUACAAAGUUGACUAUU